AUGGGCCCUGAAGCAAUUGACUACCGAGUUUCUAAAAUUGUGGUACUAUGCAAAGAUUGUGGGCAAGAUGUCGGAAUGUAUCCAGCUCGACACAAGUGUGACGAAGUAGUUCGUCCUCCACUACCACCUUUGCCGACAUCCAGCCAGCUCAACGGGAUGCAGAGUAGGAGUCCUAUCAGGGAUCGAUCUCCAGGACGAUCGGACAGGCCAGUGUCACCUCCACCCUCUCCAAUGCCUUCCAAGAAAGCAGAAAACAACAGAAAGCCCAAAUUUGGUAGAAACUUGACUGCUGAGGAAGAGGAGCCUGCAGAUCGGCAAAUCUACUUUAACGACAUUGCAGAAUCUACAUCUGGUUCGUCUACACCUUCAUCUGGAAAGAAGUUGUGGGGGAACUUAAAGCAGAACGAUAAAUGGAAGCAAAUGGCAUAUGGAGAUGUAUUUACCCUUUGUUUGCAUGUUUCGGCGUCUCUAGAGAGCAAGCCAUCAAAUGGUGCACGUCUAUGGGAUAAGCUGAUUUCGGCAACCCAAACUAUGGCUGAUAAGAUGCCUAACCGUGAUGAUAAGGGACCAGAUUCCGAUGAAUCCGACUGGGAAGGAGAAACGCAUGUAUCGCGAGUCUUGAGAGAAUAUCACGAAAAAAAAGGUGGAUCGCUCCCAUCUUGGUUGCGGGAUGCUAAGACACCAUCUGCAAGCAAAAGCAGCAGCCAACGUGAGCGCUAUAGCAACGAAGAAAGCAACAGACUGUCCGAGAACACUCGCCAGCGCCAACGUUUGUGGGAGGUGGAAGAUGAUCCAGCAGACUUAACGCCACGUGAGCGUGAAAGACAACGCUUGCGGGAACAAGCUGAAAAUCGAGAUAGCUACCGAAGGCAAUACAGUGACGAUGUACCUAGUAGACAACGAGACAGGUCGCGUGAGCCAGAUCCUAGACAUGACACCAGGCGGGCACCUAGUAAAUCGGCCAACACCGACCAUUACAAUCAUGAAGAGCGAUCUAGACGUCAUGAAAGAGAAAGAUCAAGUCCCCAAAACCCAGGUGAUUAUGACUUGGACAGAGCUCGGAUGAGGUCUAUGCGUGAACCGUCCAAUACACAAAGUCGCGAACCGCAGACUUCGCGAUCAUCCAGGAGAGAAAUGGACGAAUACGAUCAUAGACAGCAUCCGUCAUCAAGACGCGAAGUGGAUGACUACGACCAAAGAAGGCGACAGCCAUCAAGGCGAGAAAUGGACGAUUAUGAUGAUAGAAAACACCCUUCGUCCAGACGAGAGAUGGAUGACCCAAGACAACCACCUUCAUCCAGACGACAGCCAGACAACUAUGAACUCAGGCACCAUCCAUCUACAAGACCAGCGGACUAUGAUGCACGCCAGCCACGAUCUCGUUCGCCUAUGUACGACGAGCCUUCGGACCGAGAGCGGUUGCGAGGACCUCGCAGAGCUCCGACAAGAAAGAAGUUAGAUGAUGACAUGUUAACAGGAGGAUACUUUUAA